UUGCUUUUCAGUGCCUCAAGGAUAGUUGAAUAGCAAAAAAAAAAAAAAAAAAAUCAGCUCAGCAGCCAGCUCGGUGCUGCUAGGAGGGGGCAAAGGAACUAUUUUGCAGGCAUCUCGCUGCUGCGGAAAUGGAUUUCUUGAGGGGAGGGAGGUGCGUGUGUGGGUAAUCUUUGUAGUAACGCUGUGCAGAGAAGAGAAAAUGCCAUUCAAGCGGCCCCAGAUGCAGCGAGGAGUGGGGAGGGCGGAUGGGAGAAGACCUUGAUCGGCCACCCCACGGCCGUGGGCAUGAGGGGGCAGAUGUGACGUUGAUCAGCAGCCACCCCUUGUGCUGUGGGGAGCAGAGAGGGGGGAGCGGUCCUUGGUUAGCAGUCUGUCUCCCAGUGCUGUGGCCGAGCCUGCCUGGUGCUGCAAGAGAGAUCCUAUGAGGAUUUUUAUUGCGGUCUCUUUGUUAGCUACAGACAGGCACGCACACACUCACAGCUUUCAGCCAGGUUGUGGGAGGCCUAUUGAUUGGGGCUGCCUUUAACCCUUUCAUAUUUGCAGAGGUAAUGCAUCUGUGGCAGUAACUGAGCAUUGGCUAAAAAAUCUUUCAAAGGUCAAGGUUCACAAGAUAUAUACAGUACAUAAUGUUGAAAUAUCAGAUUGCUUGGUAUAAAUUUUAACUGUAAACCACCCCAUAAUUCAUAAAUAUAUUUACAUAAGGACUGGCAUGACUUUAUUGAUACUGUGGAUGGUAAAUGAGACCUUUAUCUUAAGAAAUCAAAAUGCUGCCUAUUUUGAAAGUUAUAUUUCUGGAAGCAGGAAUCUGUCCGAGUUUUGCAACAGUAACAAGUCAUGGGACCUUUGAUAAGUGAAAAGGAACCUGUAUUUUAUGUGAAUAUGAUAGGCAUUGCUGAUUGUGGUUAAAGUGGCCUCGUGCAUAUCCUACUUGCCUGCUGAGUGUUUCAAACCACACCAAGCUGUGAUAUGAGAUGUGGUUCUCAUUUCCUGAAGAAGGUUUGGUGGUUGAAUUAGCAUAUUGCUUUUGUCUUUCUUUCAGAUACCUAGCUUUCAAAGUAAAUAAUCAGAAGUGUUAGUCAGUCAUAUUUACUAAUCUAUGUUUAAUAACUAAUGAACUGCUCAUAAUCUGUGUAUUAGGCUGAUAUUUGUCUAAUGUUUAGAUAUAUAUUACUCUGAUUCUGAUUGAAUCACUGAAGUCUUCUCUACCUGAUGAAAUUUCUUGGCAUAACAUUAGAGAAAUUUUUUUUAAAAGUUUUUAUGCUGGUUAGGCUGGUAUUGCUCUCUGUGUAGGCAUUUUGAUCCAGAAUGAGCAUGAUGUUAUUUAGGCAUCAUUACUUACAUUUAGAAGUGGAAUAAUUAUACCAGAUUAUCAGAAUUUUGUUCUGGAAUAGCGUGUCUAACUGUGAAUUUAUACCAGUCCAACUAUAACAGAAUAAUUGUUAUAUAUGGUUAUACCAGAAGUAUUCUUCCAGGAUCAAGAUAUUAAGCUUGUGCUAGACACUGAAAAGUGGUGUCUCAAUGCUCUUGUUUUCACAGUACCAAAAAGAAUGCUGAUUUUCUUUGAAGGACAUACAAAGGAAAGGAUCUGUCCCCUAAAGAGUGAAUGGUCCCCAACCACCUUACAACAUCAGCAGACAGCCAAGUGGAGAGGCAGGAAGUGGAACUAGUCCAUGGGAAGGAAAGGGAAUGUUACAAAGGGAGACUGUCGUCUGAAAAUACUACUUUGGACAGAGUCAAUAAAUCUAAGAACUGACUCUUCAUAUUUGCAUACAAUCAAAUACAUGACCAUGGGGGAUAUGAAGACCCCAGAUUUCGAUGACCUUCUUGCAGCCUUUGACAUACCAGACAUGGUUGAUCCAAAAGCAGCUAUUGAAUCUGGACAUGAUGACCAUGAAAGCCACAUAAAACAAAAUGCUCACACAGAUGAAGAUUCUCAUGCCCCAUCAUCAUCUGAUGUUGGUGUGAGUGUCAUUGUGAAAAAUGUGCGUACUAUUGAUUCUUCUGAAGGAGUGGACAAGGAUGGCCACCAUUCUACAGGCAAUGGCUUGCAUAAUGGCUUUCUAACAUCAUCAGCUCUUGAUAGUUACAGUAAAGAUGAAGGGAAGUCACUUAAAGAUGAUGGGUCAGCCUCUGAGACUACACUGAAGGAUUCAGGUUUCAACCAGUUUAGCCCAAUAUCAAGUGCUGAAGAAUUUGAUGAUGAUGAAAAAAUUGAGGUGGAUGACCCUCCAGAUAAAGAGGAGAUGCGUGCAAAUUUCAGAGCAAAUGUCUUGGCAGGAUCUGUAUCUCAGCAGGAAUAUGAAAAACUAAAGGCACUUGGAGGGGAAAACUUGAUUAAAUCUGGAAUACCGGUUUCGAUUAGUGUAGAUAAAAAUAAAGUUGCUAAACGAGAGACAGAGUCAAACUCUAUGAAUUUAAGUGUCUAUGAGCCUUUUAAAGCUCGAAAAACAGAGGAGAAAUUACUAAAAGACAAUUCUGAGAAGCUUCUUGAAAACAGGGUACUUGAUGGAAAAUUGAGUACUGAAAAAAGUGAAACAAAUCUUGGCAGCAUUUCACAGUCCAAAGCAAAGUCAUCAGCAAAGCUUUCUUCAUGCAUUGCUGCAAUUGCAGCACUGAGUGCUAAAAAGGCAGCUACAGAUACCAGUAAAGAUUUACAGUCUAAUUCAAGAGAAUCUUCUCCAUUACCAAAAGACAUGAGUGAAAGUCCCCGGGCUAUUGAAAAAUCACCUGAAUCUCAGAGUCUCAUUGAUGGUGCUAAAAAGCCAUCUGUCAAACCACCUGAUAGUCCCAGAAGUGUAUCGAGUGAAAACAGUAGCAAAGGGUCUCCAUCUUCUCCUGCAGGGUCAACACCAGCAAUCCCUAAAGUUCGCAUAAAAACCAUCAAGACUUCUUCUGGGGAGAUCAAGAGAACUGUUACUAGAGUGUUGCCAGAAGUUGAUUUGGACUCUGGUAAAAAGCCAGAGCAGACUGCUUCUAUGGUAACUUCCAUGACAUCCCUCCUGUCCUCACCAACCUCUGCUGCUGUUCUUUCCUCUCCUCCUAGAGCUCCUCUCCAGUCUACAGUUGUCACCAAUGCAGUCGCAUCUGCAGAACUUGCACCAAAACAGGUCACUAUCAAACCUGUGGCUACUGCCUUUCUCCCCGUUUCAGCAGUUAAAACAGCAGGUUCACAAGUUAUUAAUUUGAAGCUUGCUAACAAUACUACAGUGAAAGCCACUGUAAUAUCUGCUGCUUCAGUGCAGAGUGCCAGUAGCGCCAUUAUAAAAGCUGCCAAUGCUAUACAACAGCAGACUGUUGUGGUGCCAGCAUCAAGCCUUGCCAGUGCUAAACUUGUGCCAAAGACAGUCCAUCUUGCCAACCUUAAUCUUCUGCCUCAAGGUGCUCAAACCACCUCUGAACUCCGCCAAGUGCUAACAAAACCUCAGCAACAAAUAAAGCAGGCAAUAAUUUCUGCAGCAGCCUCACAGCCUUCUAAAAAAGUGUCUCGAGUCCAGGUGGUGUCAUCUCUACAAAGCUCUGUAGUGGAAGCCUUCAAUAAGGUGCUGAGUAGUGUCAAUCCCGUACCAGUUUACAUCCCGAACCUCAGUCCCCCUGCCAAUGCCGGAAUAACGUUACCAACACGAGGUUACAAGUGUUUGGAGUGUGGCGACUCAUUUGCUCUUGAGAAGAGCCUGACUCAGCAUUAUGACAGGAGAAGUGUGCGCAUUGAAGUGACGUGUAAUCAUUGUACAAAGAACUUGGUUUUCUACAAUAAAUGCAGUCUUCUUUCCCAUGCUCGUGGUCACAAGGAAAAAGGAGUUGUAAUGCAGUGUUCACACCUGAUUUUAAAACCAGUCCCAGCAGAUCAAAUGAUAGCAUCUCCUUCGAGCAAUACUGCUACAUCUAUGCUUCAAAGCCCUGUGGGAGUUGGCACGCAUACUGUAACAAAGAUACAGUCUGGCAUAACUGGGACAGUAAUAUCAGCCCCAGCAAGUACACCUGUCAUUCCAGCUAUGCCACUAGACGAAGAUCCGUCAAAACUCUGUAGACAUAGUCUAAAGUGUUUGGAGUGUAAUGAAGUUUUCCAAGAUGAGACAUCUCUUGCAACUCAUUUCCAGCAGGCUGCAGACACAAGUGGACAAAAGACAUGCAAUAUCUGCCAGAUGCUGCUUCCUAACCAGUGCAGUUUUGCAUCACACCAGAGAAUUCAUCAGCAUAAAUCUCCAUACACGUGUCCUGAAUGUGGAGCAAUCUGCAGAUCUGUCCACUUCCAGACUCAUGUCACUAAGAACUGCCUGCAUUAUACCCGAAGAGUUGGUUUUCGCUGCGUGCAUUGCAAUGUUGUAUACUCUGAUGUGGCGGCACUCAAGUCUCAUAUUCAAGGUUCUCACUGUGAAGUCUUUUACAAGUGUCCUAUCUGUCCCAUGGCAUUUAAAUCUGCUCCCAGCACACACUCCCAUGCCUAUACACAACACCCGGGUAUCAAGAUAGGCGAACCAAAAAUAAUAUAUAAAUGCUCUAUGUGUGACACUGUGUUUACUCUACAACCUUUGCUCUAUCGCCACUUUGAUCAGCACAUUGAAAACCAGAAGGUGUCUGUUUUCAAGUGUCCAGACUGUUCUCUUCUAUAUGCACAGAAACAGCUUAUGAUGGAUCAUAUCAAGUCUAUGCAUGGAACUUUGAAAAGUGUAGAGGGGCCACCAAACCUGGGGAUAAAUCUGCCUCUCAGUACUAAACCCACAACUCAGAACUCAGCCAGUCACAACAAAGAGGACACAAAAUCUGUCAACGGAACAGAAAAGUUGGAGAAGAAGUCUCCUUCUCCCAUAAAGAAAGCAGAACCUAAAAAAGUUGCUAAUCCUGGCUGGACGUGUUGGGAGUGCGAUAGGCUCUUCACUCAGAGAGACGUUUACAUCUCUCACAUGAGGAAAGAACAUGGAAAGCAAAUGAAGAAACAUCCCUGUCGACAAUGUGACAAAUCUUUUAGUUCAUCCCAUAGUUUAUGUCGUCACAAUCGUAUCAAGCACAAAGGCAUUAGGAAGGUUUACACAUGCUCGCACUGCCCAGAUUCAAGACGUACUUUUACCAAGCGGUUGAUGUUGGAAAAACAUAUUCAGUUAAUGCAUGGCAUUAAAGACCCUGAUGUGAAAGAAAUGACUGAAUCAACCAAUAUGGAAGAAAGGGAAGUAAAAGAAGACACAAAGGUUCCUAGUCCAAAGCGUAAAUUGGAAGAACCUAUACUGGAAUUCAGGCCUCCACGAGGUGCAAUCACUCAGCCAUUGAAGAAGCUAAAGAUAAAUGUUUUUAAAGUUCACAAGUGUGCUGUUUGUGGCUUUACAACAGAAAAUCUUCUUCAGUUUCAUGAACAUAUUCCUCAGCAUAAAUCCGAUGGCUCUUCAUACCAAUGCAGGGAAUGUGGACUCUGCUACACAUCUCACGUGUCCCUCUCCAGACAUCUCUUCAUUGUACAUAAGCUGAAGGAGCCUCAGCCAGUAUCAAAACAAAAUGGUUCUGGGGAGGAUAAUCAGCAAGAAAAUAAACCCAAUCAUGAGGAUGAGUCAUCUGACAGUACAGCAUCAGACAGAAGAUGCAAAGUGUGCGCAAAGACUUUUGAAACUGAAGCGGCCUUAAACACUCACAUGAGAACACACGGCAUGGCCUUCAUUAAGUCAAAAAGAAUGAGCUCAGCUGAAAAGUGAUCAGAUUAUUUGGGACGCAGAAAUCUCUCUCCACAUUGGAAUACUAAUAACAUUUUUGCUACCGAAAGUUCAAGGUAUAAUAGUGUUAACAGUACUGUUCAGGCUGUUGCAAUAUAUUCUGCAUAAAAGUGUCCCCUUCACCUCAUUGUCUAUACCCUCAAAACCAUUGAAGCAGUAUUUGAGUUGAAAAGAGUUUGUAUAUAUUUAAACUAAUAACUUUUAUACUCUUUGUUAUGUGUUUGUAUUGGUAUCUAGUGGAAAAUUUGGGUUUUUCUGUUCUGUUCCUGUUUUUUUUUUCUAGUAAGUUUCUUUAAAACAGAGUUCUGAAUGCUGGGGCAGUUCCUUAGGUUCUCUUAAACCGUUUCUUAUUUGAAUGCUUGUGAAAGAAAGUUUAGCUAAUGGAAGCGCAUCAGAAGGCAGUGCUUGGAGGGGGGUGUGGAGGGGAAGCAAACUAAGGGGAGAUAUUAAAUUCUAAGAACUUGUGCUUCUAAAUGUCUACGGAAGCUUUUAAACUUUCUCUUAAAAAUAGAUAUUAAAAAACAAAAAAAAGUACCACUGCAUAUGUAAAAUGCAGUGCUGGUUUUAGGUGGCAACACCAGAACAGGUGCAGACACCCUAGAAUGAUAAAGUACUUUUGAAAAGUAUAAUUGCACAACUCUAUAUAUCAUGAAGUGUUUUGUUUUUUUUUUAGGCCAUCAGGUGUUUGUGAUCAAAGCUCAAAUUGUUACAAAAGGGCUGGGCUGCUCUGGAUUUAACAAAUAAGAUGUAAUUAGAGGAAUAGGUUUAUAAUGAUGUUUUUUGUCAUGUAAUUUAUUACACAUUAUAUAGAAGCGAGUACACAGCAUUAUGUAUUUUCCUUUAUUACUGGUAUUGAAAGAAGAUAGUUAACCCUUGUUACAGGGGUUGGUAUUUCCCAGCUCUGUACGCCAAUGCCAAAUGUUCUGGUGCUCAGUGUUACAUACAACCACAACUGUCAAGAAGCUAACACACCAGCCUGUGUAAGUAUAACUGGGGCUUUCAGCUUUAGCACAGACCAUAUGAAACUAGUUCAGCCAUUUCAAACAUGUAUCUAAUAUCACUAGUUAUGCUUUCACAAAGUACAAAAAAGGUACCAUACUGUCCCUUUCAUAUAUAGUUCUCUGUGAGAGUUAUAUUUUUAGUUUGUUUUUGCAUUUUAUACCUUGUAUGUAUCCCUAAAACAAAAAUUUUGUACUUUUUUUUAAAACAAAUUCUGUAUAUAUAGAUAGCUGCAUGAUAUACAGUAGUAAUUGUUUGGUUCCUUAAGAGUCUUGCUGCUGUCAGAUGUUACUAUACACUAUGUCCAUUACAACUGUAUUAAACACAUUUCAUAUGUAAAUAAAUGUGGAGCAUUUUGCCCCUAAAGAUUUGUGAGAUUCUGUUAUUUAUUAUUAAAUUUUAACGGUUUUAAAAAUUGAAGUGUUUGAAAAAAUAUGGAUCCUUCUCAGCCACCUCUGUAAAACUUGUUGAUCACUCCAGUAAUUGUGUAUCGGAUACAUUAGUUCUGCUUUCUCUCUUUGUCCUCAUUCUUAAUUUGGUUCAUUGGUAAAUGCUUGUUAUCCCAUUUAUAUUACUCACAUAUUGAGUGGUUAUGAGGUACUUCUCCAUUCUAAAACAUACAGCUGGUGUCGCAGGAUCUUAGCGUGUAAUGUACACUGGCCAUCACUGCCCUUCCCAUUAAGUGUAUACCUCUUUAACACUUGUUUGUUGAUGUGCACUGUCAACUGUACAACAAAUGAGUUAUCACUAUGCAGAAUGGUGUUUUGUACACAGUGAACAGAUAAUAAAAGUUAAAUUUUCA